AAUCCACUACCAUUAACAUACCUUUCCUCCCUUUUAAACCAACUGUCUUCUUCCACAUUAAGUUUUGCAUCCCCAUCACUUCGCCACCAAGAAAUUUAGUACCCUGAGUCUACUACAUAAUGGAAACGAGCAUCACUCUUUUCAAAAAUUUACAAUUGAAGAGAAACUCUCUGUUCUUCACACAUCUACUUUGAGAGAGAAACUAAGAGAGGAGAAGAAAACAAAGAAAGAUGAGUACGGAUUGGGGGCCGGUUGUUGUCGCUGUGGUAUUGUUCAUCCUUUUGUCUCCAGGGCUUCUCUUCCAGCUACCGGCAAGAACCAGGGUAAUAGAGUUCGGAAACAUGUACACCAGUGGAAUUGCCAUCCUCAUUCAUGCAAUUAUAUACUUUUGCAUAAUCACUAUCUUGAUCAUUGCAGUUGGCAUUCACAUACGUGCUGGUUGAUCAAGUUAUCCUGUCCUUGAUAAUUUUUUAACACGUUUUUUCUUUUUCGGACGAAGUUGUGGCUUCUAAUUCUACCAUCUUUGUCAAUUCUAAUUUUAUUUUUCUUUUCA